GCGGCGUUGGAGGCUUUCCGGCGGUUUUUUGGGGGGUGGGAAUACCGGGGGAGCUGGUUUCCCAGAGCCGCGACUCUGCCAGCCCAGAGCAGACUCCACGCCGGCGCCCCGGCCCGCGCUUCGCCCUUGGGACCGAUGCCGGCGGCGUCCUGAGCCCCCCCCCCCGAGUGGGGCGGGAACGUGAGGCUGCGGGGCGGCCUCGCCUGCUGGCCUCGGGCUGCGUGGUUGUCCUGCAAGGCCAGGAUGAAAAAGUUUCCGAAGAAGAGCCAGAACGAGAAGUACCGGCUGAAGUACUUGCGGCUGCGCAAAGCGGCCAAGGCCACGGUGUUUGAAAAUGCUGCUAUUUGUGAUGAAAUUGCUCGUCUUGAGGAAAAAUUUCUUAAAGCAAAAGAAGAAAGAAGGUACUUGCUAAAGAAGCUCCUCCAACUUCAGGCACUAACAGAAGGGGAAGUACAGGCUGCACCUCCUUCCCACAGCUCCAGUUUGCCCCUGACUUAUGGUGUGGCCGGUUCUGUGGGUGCUAUACAGGGAACUGGGCCCAUUUCUGGGCCCAGCACAGGGGCUGAGGAACCAUUUGGGAAGAAAUCCAAGAAGGAGAAAAGAGAAAAAGGCAAAGAGAACAACAAAUUGGAAGUUCUGAAGAAAACAUCCAAGAAAAAGAAAAUGGAGGGAGGUGCUCGCAAGCUGGUUCAGCCCAUUGCCCUGGAUCCCUCAGGACGGCCUGUGUUCCCCAUCGGACUAGGGGGUCUAACAGUAUAUAGCCUGGGGGAGAUCAUCACCGACCGACCUGGCUUCCAUGAUGAGUGCACCAUCUACCCCGUGGGCUACUAUAGUACACGAUUGUAUACCAGCAUGAAGUGCCCAGACCAAGAGUGUCUAUAUACCUGUCAGAUCAAGGAUGGUGGUGUGCAGCCUCAGUUUGAAAUUGUUCCCGAAGAUGAUCCCCAGAAUGUCAUUGUUGGCUCUUCUGCAGAUGCUUGUCAUGAAGAACUGCUUAGAAUCAUCAAUGCUAGAGUGGGAAAGAUAAUGCCUAACCUGCUUCCAUCUGGAGCUGACUUUUUUGGGUUUUCUCAUCCAGUCAUUCACAACCUCAUCCAAAGUUGUCCAGAAGCUCAAAAAUGUGUCAAUUACCAGUUGGUAAAAUUUGAUGCAUGCAAACCUGAAGAAGGACUACCAGAGAAUGAGAUAGCUAUGAGCUUUGAAGUCUUUCAGAAACAGACUUUUGGUGAAGAUCAUGAUGAUCCCAUUCUGCCAGGAUCUUUGGACCUGCCUGAGCUACAGCCUGCAGCCUUUGUGACUUCUUACCCACCUGAGUUCCUGACACGCGAACCCUUAGUAGGCACUCACCUGCAGCACCUGGAGUGUCCAUCACAGUGCAGCCCAGUUCUGUCUUCAGACUGAAGAAAGGAUCAGAUCUCACUUUAUUUUCAUCACAAUGACUUUUUUAACCAAAACUUAGAAUAUAUGGGAUAAAGGCAGCCAUUCAUGACUGAAGAAGAUUUUUAUCACAUUUCAUCAUGGGAGUUCCCAUGGUGAUAAUUUACCCUAGAAGCAACUUCACUUUAUUUUUAGUAAAAAAAAAAAAAAAAUUCUCUUAAACAUUUGGUUUUCAUCUUCUUGUAAUCAGAGUAUAAUCUUGUUUGGCUCUGCCUAAAGUAGACUUCAGUAUUAAUCUGCUUUGUCUGUUUGGGCUGAGAUAGCAAAGUACCAUAGACUGAGUGGCUUAGUGACAGCAAUUUUAUUUCCCAUGGUUCUAGAGACUGGAAGUCCCAAGUUCAAGGUGCUGACAGUGCCUACUGAGGACCUGUUUCUGGUUCAGAGAGAGCCAUCUAGCUGUAACCUCCAUAAAAGGGGCAGAGGAACUCCUGUGGUCCCUUUUAUAAAGGCACUAAUCCCAUGCAGAACCCUAUGGCCUACUUCCCUCCCUGAGGCUUCAACUCCCCACACCAUCACAGUAAGGAUUAGGAUUUAAUUUAUGACUUGACCUAGUGAGUAUGUAAUAGCUGCCAAUUUUUGAGUAAGGUUCAAAAUCCUCUUUAACCCAUUUCAUAUGCUUUCUAUUCCUUAUUGGAGAUUGUACUUUUAGUUCUGUGUGCUGAAACCAAAUAACAGAUUCACAGGGGACAUGGUUGGGAGUUGUUCCCAUCUCCCUAAUGCAGUAGAGUGACAUCAUUCCAUUUUAACCAUGUAGAGCAUAACUCUGCAUGCUACACAACUGAACUCUUUGGUCCCUGUACAUAGCAUUAAUGUGGAGCUUAGUGUAUCACCUAAUCCCAUCAGUGCAGGUUCAUCCUACCUUGUGCAUUGCUUCUAGGUGCCCAAGGCUGGCUUGAGUAGUUAGGGAAGGGACAAAAAAAAAAGCAGAAGCAGAAUGGGGAAAGCAGUGGUGAGAAUGAAUUGUUUGUGUGCUGUAUAAUUCAUGAUUGCCAACCGAAGACAAUAUAAAUAAGAUGAUUAGGAUAUUAAAGAAAUGUGACCAGCAGAGAAAAGAAUCAGAAAGAACAGUAUUUGGAGCAUAGCACCCUGGCCACUGUCAGCAUCUACAUAACUGGUAUAAUGUUUUUUGUUUUAUGUUUGGCUUUUUUGUUUGUUUUAGCAGUCUGGGGUUUGAACUCAGGGCUUCCUGC